UUCAGAUCUCUUGGAGAGACAAGGCUACAGAAUAACGUCCACGUUUUGCUCCAGAUCAUCCCAUCCUCCCAGGGGGAAGGCAAUGGCUGCAAUGGAGCUGGCUCAGGGGCCGGUGACUUUCGAGGAGGUGGCUGUGUAUUUCACUAGGGAGGAAUGGGCUCUUCUGGACCCUGUUCAGAGAGCCCUCUACAGGGAUGUCAUGCAGGAGAACUAUGAGAUGGUGACCUCGCUGGUAGGGUUUCCAGUUUCCAAACCUGAUGUGAUCUCCCAAGUGGAACGAGGGGAAGAGCCGUGGGUUCCAGACCUCUGUGGCUCUGAGAAAGAAGUGCUUCCAAGAGCUGCCUGCACAGGUAAUGACCUGUGUCUGGAUUCUCUCAGUCUCCCAUCAGGUGAUUGGAUGGUGAGUGAGAAUGAGGAGGAGAAACCCCGUCAGGAAGAUGCUGAGCGAAGAGAAGCACUUGCAAUGUUAUCAGGAAGAUCCAAAGAGAAUGUUUCCAGGAGUUGUGCACUCCCAGAAAAACCAAAAGCCUGUGAGACUCAGGGGAGGCCAGAGGGAAACUUUAGUGACCUCUCAGACCUUAUAACAAGUGGCAGAAUCAACUUGGAAGAGACACGCUACAGGUGCCAUGAGUAUGGGAAAAACUUCAGUCAGAGCUCUACCCUGAACACACAUCGUAGAAUCCACACAGGAGAGACGCCCUACACAUGCGCUGAGUGUGGGAAAAACUUCAAUUGGCGCUCACACCUUAUCACACAUCAGAGAAUCCACACGGGAGAAAAGCCUUACACGUGUAAUGAGUGUGGGAAAAGCUUCAAUCGGAGCUCACACCUUAUCAGACAUCAGAGAAUCCAGACAGGGGAGACGCCUUACACAUGCACUGAGUGUGGGAAAAGGUUCAGUUGGAGCUGUACCCUGAACACACAUCGUAGAAUCCACACAAGGGAGACGCCCUACACAUGCUCUGAGUGCGGGAAAAACUUCAGUCGGUGCUCAAACCUUAUCAGACAUCAGAGAAUCCACACAGGAGAGACGCCCUACACGUGCACUGAGUGUGGGAAAAGCUUCAAUCGGAGCUCUACCCUGAACACACAUCGUAGAAUCCACACAGGAGAAACGCCCUACACAUGCUCUGAGUGUGGAAAAAGCUUCCGUUGGCGCUCACACCUUAUCGGACAUCAGAGAAUCCACACAGGAGAGACGCCCUACACAUGCACUGAGUGUGGGAAAAGGUUCAGUCGGAGCUCUACCCUGAACACACAUCGUAGAAUCCACACAGGAGAGACGCCCUACACAUGCUCUGAGUGCGGGAAAAGCUUCAGUCGGUGCUCAAACCUUAUCAGACAUCAGAGAAUCCACAUGGGAGAGACG